AGCCGAGCAUCCCUCCUCCUCAGCAUCUCCGAUACAGCAGCACGAGCGUUUGGUGUCACAGAAACCUUAUAAUAUUAAGUCCCAUCAGAGACUAACAGGCUGCACAGUGAAGGCAACGUCCAGAGAAGCUGAAAAAGCUGAAAAACAUCAUGGCACGGCCGUGGCACGCGUCUUUUAUGUUUCUCCUCUGCUCCCUCGUCCAGACAAAUGCUUUGACAACAUGUGGAAGCAGCCAGUUCCAGUGUGGGAACGGGAAAUGCAUCACGGUCAGAUGGGUGUGUGACGGCACAGAUGACUGCGGCGACGGCACCGAUGAACUCCCCGGUACCUGCAUGGCCAAAACUUGUAGGCCGACAGAGUUCAGCUGCGCGGACCGCCUUAACCAGUGUGUACCGAGCACCUGGCGCUGUGACGGAAAAGCCGACUGCGAGAAUGGAGCAGAUGAAGACAGCUGUGCGCCGAAGGAGUGCGCAGACACCGAGUUCCGCUGCAGGAACGGCCAGUGCCUGUCGUCCUCCUUCGUGUGCGACGACGAGGCCGACUGUGACGACGGGAGCGACGAGGCCUCGUGCCCGGUCGCCAGCUGCAGCCCCAGGUCCUUCCAGUGCAACAACACCGUGUGCAUCCCCCGCCUGUGGAGCUGCGACGGCGACGCCGACUGCUCCGACGGCUCCGACGAGUGGCCCCAGAACUGCGGCACGAAGACGCCCGACUCUGCCGCCGCCCAUCAGUGCUCGUCCCUGGAGUUCAGCUGCGGCAGCGGAGAGUGCAUCCACGGCAGCUGGAAGUGUGACGGAGGAGCCGACUGCCUGGACCAAUCAGACGAAGCUGAGUGUGCACGUUCCACCUGCCGUCCUGACCAGUUUGAAUGCGGCGAUGGCACGUGCAUCCACGGCAGCCGCCAGUGCAACCAUCAGUACGACUGCAGGGACAUGAGUGAUGAGGCUGGCUGCGUCAACGCCACCCAAUGUGAGGGCCCGACCAGGUUUAAGUGCCGCAGCGGGGAAUGCAUUAGCAUGGAGAAGGUGUGUGACAAGCACCGUGACUGCAGGGAUUGGUCAGACGAGCCUCUUAGGGAAUGUGGCUCCAAUGAGUGCCUGUACAACAACGGCGGCUGCUCGCAUAUUUGCAAUGACCUGAGGAUCGGCUACGAGUGCCUGUGUCCUACUGGAUUUCGCUUGGUUGACAAAAAGCGCUGUGAAGAUAUCGAUGAGUGUGCCAACCCGGACACCUGCAGCCAGAUCUGCAUCAACCUGAUUGGCAGUUACAAAUGCCAGUGUGAGGAGGGUUACCAGGUUGACCCAGCAACCAAAGCCUGCAAGGCCAUCGGUACAAUCGCUUACCUUUUCUUCACCAACCGUCACGAAGUCCGAAAGAUGACUUUGGACAAAAGUGAGUACACCAGAGUGAUCCCCCGCCUGAAGAACGUUGUGGCUCUCGACAUGAACAUGGCCGCCAAAGAGAUCUACUGGUCGGACAUCUCCCAGAAGAAGAUCUACAGAGCUCAGAUGGACUCGGCUGAAGACCCCGCGCAUCACAGCGUAGUGAUCGGUAGCGGCAUCGAUGCCCCUGAAGGCAUCGCUUUCGACUGGAUCCACGGUAACCUGUACUGGACGGACAGCAUUCGCAGCAGCAUCAGCGUGGUCACUGCUGACGGUAGCCGCCGCAAAACUCUCUUCCACCAAGGCUUGUCCAAACCUCGCGGUAUUGUGGUCGACCCCCACAGCAACUUCAUUUACUGGACCGACUGGGGGAAUCCCGCUAAGAUUGAGAAGGCAGGUCUUAACGGAGGAGACCGCACCGCUCUGGUCACUGACAACAUUGUGUGGCCGAAUGGAAUUACACUCGACCUGGUGAACCAGCGGCUCUACUGGGUGGACUCCAAGCUGCACACCCUCUCCAGUAUCGACGUGCAGGGAGGUGGGCGACGCACCAUCAUCAUUGACGAACACAGGCUGGCUCACCCACUGGGCCUCACUGUGUUUGAGGAUAAAGUGUUCUGGACAGACGUCAGUAACAACGCCAUCCUCAGUGCAAACCGGCUGACGGGUGAAGACAUCACGCCAGUGGCAGAGCACCUGACAUCACCAGAAGACAUUGUUCUCUUCCAUAACCUCAAACAACCUGCUGGGAGGGAUUGGUGCAAGGUAUCUGCCUGUGCAUUCAUGUGCCUGGCAGCUCCUCAAGUGGGUAGACAUCCCCCCAAAUACACCUGCGUCUGUCCUGAUAACAUGAUGUUAGACAGGGAUAUGAGGACGUGUGUACCUGCUGUUCCAACACCUGCAGCUCCCGUGCAGCCUCAUGUUCCAGCAACCGACCCCCCUCGUUGGCCACCAGUGCCAGCCAGCACCACGCCUAAGCCCCUGGUCCGCACCACGCCUAAGCCCCUGGUCCGCACCACGCCUAAGCCCCUGGUCCGCACCACGCCUAAGCCCCUGGUCCGCACCACGCCUAAGCCCCUGGUCCGCACCACGCCUAAGCCCCUGGUGCGCACCACCACAGUGCCCGUCGUUAUCACCAGCACUGCAGCCAAGCUGGUGCCACGCACCGCCAAGCCUCCUGUAAGGACCACCACACCUGAACCAAGGACCGCGUCAUCCCAGUCGGUGAACCCUAAAAUUCCCCAGACCACCACAGAGGCUCCAGUCACCUCUCCAGAUCUUCAUCCUGAAUUUGCUGCAGCUAUCCCCAACCCUGCCUCCGACGCCCCGAUAGCUCUGUACAUCGCAUUACCUCUGGCGAUCGUUUGUCUGGUAGCCGUUGGUGCCGUGCUGCUAUGGAGGAACUACAGGCGGAAGACCACCAACACGAUUCACUUUGACAACCCCGUCUAUCAGAAAACAACCGAGGACCAAGUGCACAUUUGGAGGAGCCACAGCCCUGACGGUUACUCCUACCCAAAAAGACAAAUUGUGAGCUUGGAUGAAGAGGCAGACAAUCCAGCCUUCACAGACAACUGAAGCACAUCAAGUAGAGUGGAAAGUAGAGCCUCGAUGAUAAGCUACCUUUGGCGUCCUGUUGUAUUUUUACCUCACACGGCACAAAGAUAUGGAAGUCAAAGCCAGUAUCAGAACCACUAUAUCCUCAGAGACGAACUAACGCUCUACAGUGGAAAAAAACAGGGUCAAACAUAUUUUUAGUUUUUUUCCCAUCAAGUUCCAUUCUUCAUCAAAUCAUACCAAAUCAGAAGAUGAUGGAUUCCUCAAUCCAACUUUUUUUUACUCGUUAUCCUAACGUUUUAUGUGUGAUAAAACUGGAGAACAGGUCACUGUUAAAGGGGCUGUACUCGAAAUACAGAAAAAUUUUUUUAUUCCCGUCCAUAUGUACGAACAUGCACACACGCAACUAAACCUGGAAACAAAGACCAGAUAACCUCAGGUUACAACACACACAGAGGGUGUGUGACUUCAUUUUCUGCUCAGGACGCCAUUACUCCACUAUAUUGUUACACAGCAAAUAUUGGUUUGCUGCUAUAAUAAUGUUUUGAAUGUCGAGUACAGCCCCUUUUAACCCUUGUGUUAUCCUCCCGGGUCAAAAUUAACACUUUUUUAGAAACUGUCGCUUUUAUUUCCAUGUUUUGCUUAUAUCAAUCUUUGGUGGCACUUUUUUCCCCAUUACCCCAGUAUAUUCACCACUAGAACCAACUUAUUUACAGUCGUUUUUACACUUAUUUUAUGGAAUUUCUGGUCAAUAAACCUCAUUUAUAUGAAAUAAUCAAAUUUUUGUGUUAGAAAAAAGCAGAAAUUAUGAAUGAUUUAUAAUAAAUAGUUAAGAUCAGAGGAAUGAAGGUAAUGGAUUAUCACAGAUAUGUCAAAGUUUAGUCAGGAUAAUGCUAUAAAAUUACAUAAAACACCCAGAAUUCAAUGAAAGUAGAGAUCAGAUCCUUAAUUUCACUUGUGAAGAGCGUGUUAUGAAACCAUCCAUGUUAUUUUGGGGCAAUUUGGUUAAAAAGAAACCCAAAUGUCUGAUAUAGAAACUUUGAAAAUGGGUCAUAUUGGACCCGAGGACAACAGGAGGGCUAAACCACGUAAUGUCUUAUUUUUCAUGCAAUAACUUUAGAGUCCGACAUGUGUAAGGUAGAAGUCACACAUAAGUGUUGUAAAUAUCACUGUUAAUUAUUUUUGUUCAUGGAACAUUAUCAAAACCGUAUUUGCCAUUUUGGCCACUCUCAUGUCUGUAUGGUAGAUACAAGGCAACCAUCCUAGACUGUAUAAAAUAUGGAUUUAGUCUCCGUGACCUCACACGUGGGUUUCCAAAGAGCCGAUGUGAAACUCAAUGUGGGCUCCGGCUGCUACGGUCCGUGUUGGCUUUAUUUAUCAGCCCCGGAGUUUACUGCUUGGCUACCAUGAGGAGACGGUUAGCUUAGCUCAGAGACUGGAAGCAGGGAGAAACAGCUAGCCUGAAUUUUUUGAUGGUGGGUUUUGUACAGAAUAAAUAAACAAGAUAUUACGUGUUAAUCAAUGAGUUAAUUAAUGAGCUCUAGAGAUGCUGGCUGGCAGAUUUUAUCAUCGUGAGAAAUGGACAUGCUAGCUGUUUCCACUUGUUUCCACUCUUUUUGCUAAGCUAAGCUAACCAGCUACUGGUUUAAUCUACAUAUUUAACAAGCAGAUAUGAGAGUGGUAUCAAAACUGUCGACAAGAAAGCAAAUAAGCACAUUUCCCAAAAUGUUGUUCUAAUCCUUUGAUUAUGAAGCUCACCUUAAAGCCGCCUACACAUGAUAAGCGAGCGGUGCACGACGCCAGGGGUAGCACACCGCAUAGUUGGGCGGCACCACUCUCCCUGUAGGAAAUGAAUGGAACGGCCAGCGCAAAGCGGUUUAGCCGCCUAUCAUGUGUGGGUGGCUUAACAUUAAGACUUGUUGCUUUUAAGCUUUGUUGUCUGUACGGAACAACAAACGAGCAAUUUUGUGUAAAGCAAUGCUAAACUAAGCUAAUCGCCUUAUGGCUCCAGCUCCAUACUUAACGCACAGACAUGAGAAUAGAGUCAAUCUUCUCACCUCUCUGCUUAGAAAGUGAAUAUAUCUCCCGAAAUGUUUAUUGGAAGCAAGUAUCUAAACCUGACUUUUAUCCCAUAACUAUUGUAUAUCGACGAUGUUUCAUUUACGUGAUUGUCCCGGUACCGCUGGAUGUCCCUUAUUUUUGACCGGAUAUCCGUCGCGUUCCUCUUUCUUUGUGUUAGCAUUCUAACCUCUGGUCCAUUCGGAAAACAAUCCUCCAAGCUAGAACCGACAAUCAAAUUAUAUUUUUGAGUGAAAUACUUAUCACACACUCGGGAGCCACUAUGUGCACGUUUCACCAAAACUGAGGCUAUUUAGCAGAGUCACCGUUGCUCCGUCCAGUACUUGGCGCCACCCAAGAUGAUUGUGAUUGGUUAAAAGAAAUGCCAAUAAACCAGAGCACGUUUUUCUCCCAUCCCGGAAUGCUGGGUGGACUAGCCAGACCCUCCUCUGCAGCGCUGUGGAGGAAGGUCUGGCAAUGCGAGACUACACCUUAACAAGCACUAACACUACAGCGGGUUUAAAGUUGAGCAUAGGUGAAUGUAAUACUUCUACAUGUGCCGGUUUAACCAGUGUGACCUCAAUAAGUCUCGAUAAUGUGUGUGUGUGUGUGUGUGUGUGCCGAUUAUUUUCUCGAUUAAUCGAGUAGUUGUUUGGUCUAUGAUAUGUCAGAAAAUUGUGAAAAAUGUUGAUCAGUGUUUCCCAAAUGUCUUGAAAUGUCUUGUUUUGUCCACAACUCAAAGAUAUUUAGUUUUAGUGUCACAGAGGAGAGAAGAAACUAGAAAAUAUUCACAUUUAAGAAGCUGGAAUUUUUCCCUUUUCUGCAAAAAAUGACUAAAAGCGAUUAAUCGAGCAUCAAAAUAGUUAGCGAUUAAUCUAAUAGUUGAGAGCCAAUCGAUUUAUCUUUGCAGCUCUAUCAUCAUAUGGUCACAACACAGAGUUUUUCAGCAGCUGUUUUUGUUUCAGAGUUUCUCCAAACACUUUUUUCAGCUAUUCUUUCUCUUGAUUUGCGAUUCCUCUCUCUACGCCCCCUCUCGGGAGGACCAGUGCAUUCCUCAGGCUUUGAUGCAACCACGUGUGACCAAUGGAGCCGUGUCGAAAUAUCUGUACCAUAGCAUGUGUAUAUAUUUACAUCCUCCCUCAGGAUCAGAACUUCAACUUGCCUUCUGCAUUCCUGACUAAAGACAGCCAUGUGCCCUAUAAUGGUUUUACAAACACUUUCUCCAUGGCUCCUUUAUUUAUAUCGCUGACAGAUGUGUGCCUUUUAAUGACAUUAUGUUCACAUGUUAAUGUUGGUGCUAUUGAUCUCAGUGGAUAUUUAUAAAAUCGAUGUCUCUUCCUGUUUACAGUGCUAAAUGCAGGCGAGGGUAUACCUAACAAAGACGUUAUUGGGAUGUGGGUUGAGCGUGGAUUUUACGUAGAAAACAUUCAUAAGUGCUAGUGAAGUUGUACAAAAUGUCAUUUGACAUUCACCGACCAACAGUGCCGUUUAAGCGUGUAAAUAUGUAAUGUUCAUAAAUGUAAAUAUGUGUUCUUUAUUGUUUUUUUGGUAAUAAUGUCUGUGUUUUAGACUGUUAUGAACUUUAAACACAUGCUGUACAUAAAUAAAUGCUUCUAUUUAUUAUAGAA